CAAACGGAACGCUGCCUUAUCCCCCAGUACUCUCUCGGUCUCUCCUCUCCUCUCCACUCACUCAACCUCUCUCGCUCCCGGUCUCCCCUCCCUCCCCCCGGCGCAUCCGCCGCGCGCGUCGUUGAGCUCCUGCCGCAACCGCGCGACUCCGACCAUCGACCACCGCAUUUGUCGCAUGCAUCGGCAGUUGCCGCGCGAUGAAGAUCGCCGCUGGUCCCGCAGCAGCCUCGGCUGGAGGAGGACGAUAGGUCCAUGGCGACGGACGCUCAAGUAAGAGGAGCGGCCCCAAUGGUGGCGGCCUCGAGCACCGGGAUAAGUGCAGACUGGGGAUGCAGGAGAGGUGCAGCGCGGGGCUCGGGGCUCCGACGAGCUGCGUGCGGCGUGACGGACGACGACGGACGCAGGGACGCGUCGAUCCGGGCGCUGGUGCUCAAUCCGGUCCCGUUCCAGCCGGAUCCGCGGCGGUGCUCAUCUCCGGCGAGGUGGCCGGUGACUCGCGGGCCGACGACGACGCAAGACCACGGGAGGAGCUCAUCUCAUGGGGCUGGGGCGCGAGGUCCUGUUGGCUUCGGUUGCCGGUGGCUUACGCAGGGGUGGCGGGGGUCCAGCAUCAUGGAGGCUCUUCGAGGGCGAGGAAGCAUACGGCGACGACAACUUUGAGGCCGGCGGGGGCACCGUCUUCGCGUUCGAUGGUCGUAGUGAACGUCGUGGGCUCCAACGCGGCCGCCGUUGGCUCUAUCCCCUACAGGUCCUACGUCUAGCACGGGAUCCCUUUUCGGAUUUGGGGGGAGGACUGCGGCGAGCCGGAGGCAGUGGGUCAGGCUCUGCUCAUGGCGAUUCCAGCUGCGGAGGCGCCGGCGCUCGACUCUGGAUCGACGUCGACUGCCAACGAUUCAGCAGCGUGCUUGGGGGCUUCCGUUACGGCCGGUGGCGGCGCCGCGGCGGCCGCGUCAGGAGUAGGCUCGCCGGAAUCGGUCGUCCGCCCGUUCUCUCCUGAUACGCGUCGGUCGGAUGAGGGUGGGGCACAGCCGGCGGCGGAGAAGGCUUUAUCUGAUGUUGAGUUCUCCGGGGGGGUCCUGCACCAUGUUCAGCUCGGGCGGUGGCGAUGUGGCUGUCGGACGCGCCCAUGGCGCGGCGCUGCCCGUCGUCUCGCAGACAAGAGGGCCGCAAGCAUCAGACGAGCGGGCGGCAGUGGUUGAUCGUGUGCCGGCACUUGAAGCUGCCAUACGAGGGUUCGCUGACAGGGGGACUGAUGUGGUUGUCAACCCGGUGCUUGGCACAAUUUUCGAUUCUAUGCCGGAGGCAUAUGAAUUCUACAAUCUUAUUCUCGUCGCUGGUUAAUUUCCCUGGUUAAUUUUCGUUGACAAAAGAGCUUGAAUUGCUAGUAAAAAUAACCACCGGAGUUGCAUGAUUAGGUUCUUUCUGUCCAAUAUUAUUCUCGUCGCUGUUUCUCUGUUGGGAUGGUGACAUUUUUUAGUGUUCAAACAUUGCAAAGGGAAAGCUAUACUUCGAUAUAAUCCAAUUGUAGAAGUUUGGUGAA